UUUUAGAAUUAGACACACACCAAGAAGAGAAGAUCUUUGCAACUCUUCCUGGCAGAAGAAUGCAUUUCUUGGUGAUCUUGGCUUUUCUAGGACAAACUACUGGAGAGACUUUCUUUUAUCGUUAUGAAAAUGAAAAUUUCACACUUACGUGCAACGAAACCUUGGCUAAUGGGAGCAACGAAACAGUGUGGUAUGAAAUUCGAGAACAUCUUCAAGUAUUCAACGCAAUCACCUGUAGUCCCAUAUCUCAAGGGACAAACGAACAGCCUUAUAAUAGAAAGCGUACAAACCGAUUAUCAGUUUCUACUUCCCAAAGUGGUGGGGUAUUUGCAUGUGAACAACUUAAAGACACAGGAACAUCAGGGACUCUCCCAAUUUUUGCCAAUGUGGCUCAUUGCAGACGUUAUAACUUUUUUAUUGUGGUGAUAAUAAACAUGACUGCAGAGAGCCAGAUGUUUGAGAACAUUUCUGCAAAAUCAUAUGAUAAUCGUUUAGUGCAAGAAGGUGGUAACAUCACUCUUUCUUGUGAAUUUCAAACAAAGAGCAAUGGAAUCAAUGUUGCAUAUUGGAUCAAAUAUACAGAAACAAGCAAAUGCCUGUCUUCUCUUCAGAAAGGAACAGAACUUUCCUAUAAUCACCACUGCUGUAUUGAUGAGAUGAUCAAAGGACGACUAUUGAAUCAUACAAGCUUAGACUCAGACAACAAACAUAUAGUCCAUAAUAUAACCAUCUUGAAUGUUACUUACUCUGAUAGUGGAACUUAUUUAUGUGUUGUAAAUGCCUGGUCAAAAGGGAAAUAUGUUUGGAAGAUUGCAAAUAAUCUUUCUAUAGAAGGGAGGAAUGAAAUUCCAUUCUCUCCUUCAGUGCCAUUCCAUUCUGUGCCAUUGUAUGCUACGAUUAGAUCGAUCGAAGGGAUUAUCAUUAUCAGUGGGAUAGUAUGGUUGAUCUAUAAAAAGAAAAAGAAUGGCAGCUCAAAAGGAAAGUCAUCUGCACAACUUCCCAGCGCUCAGGCUGCUGUUGAAAUCCCAGGAGAUGAAUGUUCCCCAAAUGCUGUGAGCAGUAGAAAAGACUUGCAAAGAAAUGAAGUGUUGUAUUCAGUUGCAGCAAGCCCAUAUGAGAACCCAAAUGCAGACUGUUGUAUGGUGGAUAACACUGAAGUAUCUGGCAAAGGACCUGGAGAUAAAAUACAUACCGUCUAUGCAAUAGUGCAAGAAUAGCUGUUCUUGAGCUGAAGAAUGGAAGUCAGUAUGAAAAUAAUGAUCAACUUUUGACUGAAUAGCUUUGACUGCUGAAUUUUGACUAUUCAAUGAGCUAUCUUACAGAUAUUAAUGGAAAGAUCCACUGCUGAUACAAAGUCUCAUAACUUUUAUUAAGUUAUGACAGUUUGUACUAGAAGAACAUCAGAAUUGUCAUACUUGGACCAUUGGUUCACAUAGUCCAGAAUCCUGUCUAAAAGCUGUAACCUUCACCAGAUCCUUCACAAGUAGAUUCAAGGAGAAUCCCAAUAAUAGACAAUUGUGGCACAACUUGCUCACAGAGAAAGUUUCUUCUCUAAACCUAUCUGCUAGAGGUUGGACAUAUACACUGAAGCAAGAGAGUUUUAUGGUCUUCACACAUUUUAUCCUUAUCUAAUAUACAUUUGUAAGUGUAUGAAAAUCUAUACAAAUGAAUGUUUGCAUUAGGAACAAAGAUCUUUAUUUUCCUCCAGUUUUAUAUUGGUGUAAUUCUGUUGGCCCCUCUGGAGUUGCUCAUGCUUUACACUGGCAUAAGGAGGAAGAAGAUCAGAAGCUUAGAUAUGCAACUGUGUUUCCUACAGCAGGCAGAAUCAAUUAAGGACACUAUUAGGACCUACCAUAAGUUUUUCUUCUUCAAAAAAGCCACAUUGAAUAUAAUGUUGUCAAGGGACACUAGGGUUCUUUAUGUGUUCCCAGAAAAGGUACAGCAGCCACCAUGUGCCAGGAAUGAGGGCCUGCAAGAGAGUCACUUUCCUAGUAAGCUGAAGCAAAAGAGAUUUAAGGUCCCUAGUCUUUGUUCCCCUGGGAUACCCUGCAGACAACGGCCCAGGAUUGCUGCGGGCAGAGUCUGCUCUGUAGGAGGCGGAGCGUCCUCUGUUCACAGGAAACUUGGACCCCCACCAUGGAAAAAGGCUACUUCCAGACAAGCCUCUGGCUGAGGCCAGCCUGGGGUGCCAUGGACAGAGGCUGCUUCACCUCCUAGCUCAGACCCCUGCAGACAUGGGCUGCUGCCACCCCACGCUGCUGCUUUGAUAUCAAAGGCAGUACUACGGGGUAGCAGGCAACCAGUCUGCAUGUGGAGCUUAUUUUUAAACUGGGGCAGCAGCUUGAGGUGCUGGGGGCUUCCCGGGAGGGGGGCUGGAGCACACUGGCUGCUGGCCCCACCCCAGGGAAUGAUUGAAUAGUCCUGUAACUGGUAAGAAUUCAUAAAUAUUCAAUUAACCAGCUCUAAUCUCCUUAUUGUAAACCCUGGAAAUAAUGGAAGCUAUUUCAACCCAAGGGGUGCAGCAGCACCUGUAUCUUUGAAGUGGUCUGGCCAUGGUGACCAGAUAGCAAGUGUGAAGAUCAGGACACUUAAUAUUUGGGGCUAAGGGUGAGGAAUAGUUGCCCAUAUAAGAAAAAUUCUCUAGUCUGGUCACUCUAGGUAUGGGGA